AUGGCGUCGAUAAUACAAUGUUCCUCGAAAAAUGCUAAAAUUUCUUCUCUCAAAACAUCACUUUUUAUAACAGUACCUGACCUAUCCUACAAUGCUCAAGUGAUUCUGACAAACGACCGUUGUCGAAUUGUGAAUGUUCUUUUUGAUCAUUGUCUUCGAAACACAAAAAACGGACCAUCAAGACUUGCUGAACUUUUGGGUAUCUUCAGCGUCUUGGAGAGCCAACAGAAUAUGCAAAGAGCUUCAUACACACUGAGUAUUGCACCUUUUAUAUCACCAACGUUCAGAAAGACAAUCGGAUUUGUGGAUGAAAUUUUUUCACUAGGAACACUUUCCUGA